UUGCUUUAAUUUUGUAGAAAGAUUUUAAUGCAAUGCAGCAGUAGGAGCAUCCAAAUAUACACUAUAUUGCUAAAAGUAUUCACUUAUCUGCCUUCAAACACAUGAAUUUGAGUAAACUCCCGUUCUUAAUCCGUAGGGUUUAAUAUUGGCUCUGCAGGCCAGUCGAGUUCUUCCACACCAGACUCAUGUCUUUAUGGCCCUUGCUUUGUGCACUGGUGGACUCGUCCAUCAGAUUGCCAGACAGGAAAGUGAUUCAUUGCUCCAGAGAACACGUCUCCACAGCUCUUGAGUCCAGUGGUUCCAUCCCAGACUUUGUAUUGAGCUCAGUGAUGAAAGGCUUGUAUACAGCUGCUCAGCUAUGAAAAGCCACCCUACGCACUGUUCUUGAGCUAAUCUAAAAUAUUUGUAGAAGCAGUCCGCAUGCCUAAGUGCAUUUGUUAUACACAUGUGGUCAUGGAAGUGAUUGGAGCACAUGAUCCAAUGAUUUGGAUUGGUACCUGCUUACUUGGGAAAACAAACAUGACGGUAGGUCAUGAGUCUCUGCAUAGUAGAUUAACACUGUCGUCAGACUAUUUUAUCUUGGCAUCUCUGGCAUCUCUGAAAUGUAGGAGUUGGGUUUCAACCUGUCCAUUAGCAAAGUUCAAAUGUAUGAAAUGGAACCUUGGAUCAGUCUUGAGGUUGGUUAUGUACUCUACAAUGUUAGCUGGUUGUAUUUUAACUGAAGGAGAAAAGAACUGAAAGGAUAUAUUACAGGCUGUUGCUACAGUUUUUUUUUCCUGAAGUGUUGUGCUUUAUGUACUCUCUUUGCGGGUUCUUUGCGUCAUUUUUGGUUUCAGCCCACUAAGACAGCCCACUGAGCAACUAAGGUGGAUAAGCCUUGAAGCAACAUUUAAUCAGGUUUGAUGGGUUCAGUUAAACCGUGAGUCACUGAUUGGAGAUUACAAUAACAAAAAUUCUAGUUUCAUUUUUAAGACAAAGGCAGCAUUUGCUCUGAGACGAACAGCUGAACAAGCCUCCAGACUUCCAAGAAGACAGACCUGACAGAGCUGCAGCCAUGGGUGAGUGGGGCUUCAUCGGUGGAUUAUUUAAAGACUUCCAGACCCAUUUACCGAUGCUGGGUCGUUUCUGGCUCGUCCUCGUUUUGGUGUUUAGGAUACUAAUCCUGGGAACUGUGGCCAGUGACAUGUUUGAGGAUGAGCAGGAGGAAUUUACCUGUAACACCCUCCAGCCAGGAUGUAAGCAGGUGUGUUACGAUGAGGCUUUCCCCAUCUCCCAGUACAGAUUCUGGGUGUUUCAUUUGAUCCUCAUCGCUACACCUUCUCUGCUUUACUUCGUGUAUGUAACACAUCAAGAUCACAAGAGGGCCAACAGCUCCUCGUCGAGAAAAAGGAGCAGCAGGAAGAACAGAGAAGAAAAAACUUCCAAGGCGCUCUACAUUAUCACUGUGAUCUUCCGCAUACUGGCAGAAAUCGGCUUCUUAUUUGUCCAGUGGCGUCUCUAUGGCUUUGAGGUGAAGGCCCAUUUCCAAUGUAGCCGUUCUCCCUGCCCCCUAACAGUGGAGUGCUUCACUUCCCGGCCUGCAGAGAAAACAAUCUUCCUCCUCUUCUACUUUGCUGUAGGGGUAGUAUCAGCAUUUUCCAGCAUUGUCGAGUUUCUCUACGUCUCUUGUAAGUGGUUUUGCUCAGACCAGGAGGACAGAAUCUACCACUGUGACUGCGAGAAUCUCCGCAACCACAAGCAAGAGGAUACAGAGGAGAAAUCAGGAGGAGAGACGAUGUCAGUGAGCACGGCCAGCAGUGUGAGAAUGAAGAAGGGAUCAGUGAGAAGCAGCUCCAGUCGACAGAGCUCCAGCAUCAGUCACAAGUACAAGAAUCCAAGAGGAAAAUAUGUGAGCGCCUCGAGGCUUACAUUGUGAGAGGACACAUAUGCUGCAAUCACAGCAUCCUCCUUUUUCUAUCAUAAAUUUGUGACUACAUUUCUAAUUCCCUCCACAUGUUUUCCUCUUCAUGUGUAUUGGCAACAUCAUGAAGAAACUUAUGGGAAAAUGACAAAACGAGCACAGACGAUAAGAAGGACGCAUGAGAGACAUCAUUGACUUGUUAGUUCUGCUGAAUGACGAAAGUCUGCAAGCAUUUUGACAGAAACAUUUCCUGGAAAACACUUGACAAACUUCCUUACAGGUGAUUGGUUUUUAGUCAAUGUUGCCCUUUCGUAGCUGUCAGAUUCAUCAAACAUAGAACCUCUAACCCAGCAGGGGAUUCAGGCCAUACCGAGACGAAAAUAAGACCCAAGAAACCUUGAAAAUGAGUACUAUUUUUAUAUUUCUUGGAGAGCCACGCCUUGGUCCUACUGGUUCGACUUGCUCUUCUAUCUUUUCCUUUCUCUUCUGCUUUCUCUCUCCCCUUUGUUUGUGUGAAUGUUGGCAUUUGGUUUUUGUGUUUCAGAAGUCAAGCCUCAACCUUACCUGCCCACACAUUUCCAGACUGUGGCUAAUUACUGUGUUGACUUUGCUGAUUGCUUGUUGGCUUCUUAAGGCUGAGGAGUUCCUUCAGUUGACCCCAGGCUGUUGCACCACUCAGUGUAGCUUCGUUUGCAUGCUACAUUACCAGUGGGCGAGGACCCUCUGCCUAUGGUGAAGAGAGAGAAUGGCUUCCUGAGUGUUCUAGGCUUUAUUAAACUGCCUCAAAUAAAUAUACUUAUAUAUUUCCGGUGCUUUUAACACCACUUUUAAGUCCACUUUGCCGAACUCUUUAUUGACUUUCUGGUCCAGACCUAAAAGGAGAGUGUGCUGGAGCCGAUGCUAAAUGGCA